AUGAGGGGUCCUUCAGAAACAGGUCUAAGUAAGGCAAGAAAGAAGAGUAAUGCAAAAAACUAUCCUUCACAAGCAGGUCCAAGCACUCCAGCUCCAAGUACUCCAACACACGUGAAUCAAGACCCUAUGACUCAAGAGCCUGUGAUUCAAGAGAAUGUCCCUGUGAAUCAAGAGCAUGUGAAUCAAGAUCCUGUAAAUGAAGUACCUGUCAACCAAGAUCCCGUGAAUCUAAUACUUGUUAACCAAGUGCAUGUGAAUCUUGGUGUUAGAGUGCCUAAGAGUCUUGGUGUUAGAGCAAGUAAGCGUUCAGAGAGAAUAAACAAGAUACAAAUCAGUAAGCAGGUUGUUCGAAAGGAUGGCAAAGGAGUGACUGAGGACAACCGAGUUACUUUAGAAUGA